AUGCGAUACGUAGAGAAAAACGCUUUUUCAAUCGGCGUUACUAAAGAUUGCUACAAAAUCAAGCUAACUGCCAAAUUUAUACCGCAACUGUACCGUAGAGAACUGAGAAUUAGAGGGUGCUUACCGCAAACAAAAGCGGUAGCAACCAAACGGGGCAGCACCACAGCCGUCGCGAUCCUGAACAAUAGCUUGGACAACGGAUAUUCGUUCACUUAUUCUUACGCCAUGAGCGAAAGCACUGGUGGUGGCAGCGUAAACGGUGAUGAGGACAUGGAAUCGGAGACACCGGCCGGUCAGAGCACAGUGUCGUCCAAGACGUCCCGAAUAUUGUCGCCUGAACCCUCGCCAAAACCUUCGUGCCCUAUAGAUGAUACUCAGUUUGCUGCUAACAUCGACUUGAGAUACGGUGGCCAAUACUUAACUCCUGAGCAGCUACCGGAGUUCUGUGAUCAACUUCACCAUCUGGUGGAAGUGAUUCGGAACAUACAGUCGUACGCUAGAGUUACAGGGGAAUAUCCGAGCUCGCUGGAGCGGCGGCUGGAGGCGGAGGCUCGCGAAGUGGCCGCACUAGCGGCGGAGGCGCGCAACGCUCGUGACGUGGUGGCUCGAACACGCGCACAGCGACGCGCACUGCGCGCCCACAAGAAGCAGAUCGUCACCACGCUCGCUACGCUCAGGGACUCCGAGGUCCGAGAACUAGAGAGCACAGUACGUUUGUCGGACAGAAAGCUGUUCAAAAACUGGGAGGUGCUAAAGGACACAACCGAUCCUUCUGCGUUUGACACAUUAAUCGACGAGAUCAAGAACAAGCAAGCAGCGCUGGAGUGUCUGCUGCGGCUCGUGGACAACAAGCGCAGCGCGUUGUCGCGCGUGGUCUCCCCACCAACGCCGCUGCCGCCCCCUGAACCCAGGGACACGGAUAACACCGAGGAUUCUGUGACGACGGGCGGGUCGGGCGGUCGCAAGCGGCACGAGGCCCGGCGGCCCGCCAACAAGCGGCGCCGGCGCGAGCCGCGCUCCGUGCCGCUGUCGGGCGAGCCCAGCCGACACGCGCCUCCGCCUCAGGUGACCCUGUACAUCCAGGGUACGGAGAGCACGUCGCGUUACCGCGUGAGCAGCGCCGGUGCGGUGGCGCUGGCGCCGCUCGACCUGCCCUCGGGCGGGAGCGUCAGAGACAUCCUGUUCUUCACUACUAACUAA